GUCUGCAUGUUCGAACUGUGUGCAUCGUUCUUAUGGGAAUUAUAAGUUGGUCUUUGAAUAAACGAAAAAAUGCAUUCGCUACACUUUCUCCAGUGCGUGGCAUUAUUUUUCACACAUUUUUUAACAAUCAACGCUCGGGUAAAUGUUGUCGCGUACAAAAACGAAAAUUUGAAUAGUUGUGAUAUAACCAUAGACUUAUCAGAUACGGGUCUCAGACGUUUGAGUGUGAAUUUCACAAAUGCUCAAUGUGUACGAAGCCUGAAUCUACAAAACAAUGAAAUUGAAGAUUUUAAAGAAAAGAUAUUUAAUCAGUAUCCUUAUAUGGAGUAUUUGGAUUUAUCAAGAAAUCGGCUGCCACUGAACAAAUUUUUUUCAUACGGCGGAGAAUCAAGUUUAAAAGUUUUCAUGUUGGAUCACAAUGGUUAUUAUAAUUCCUACACAGACAAGCAAUCGUCUGAAAAUGCAGGUAGUGCAAGUGAAGUGAUUGAUGAAAAAACAAGUUAUUUAGAAAAUAACAAACUUUACGUUUCUGAUAUUUAUACGGAUUUAGAGUAUCUUUCACUGCGAAACGUUUCCUUGCAACAUGUAUCAAACAAUUUUUGGCAUUACCUUCCCAAGUUGAAGCAGCUCGAUUUAUCAGAAAAUAAAUUAUCACUUGCAUCUGUAAACUUUUUGUUGAGAAAUACAUCGUCCAGUGUGAAACGCCUAGUAUUGGAAAACAUAGAACUAGAUCACGUUAUAACUGAAAAUUUGAACACGGUUGAGGAAUUAAACUUAAAUCACAAUCGAUUUGUAAGACUUACUAGUACCAUGUGCUACCCUGAUACAUUUUGUUUAGAGAAUAUGCAAUAUUUGAAAUCUCUAUUUAUCUCGAACUGCUCUGUAAAGGCGAUUGACGAGAACGCUUUCAGAUUUAUGACUAGCUUAUUAGAACUUGACAUUUCAAAUAAUUUGUUCAAACGAAUAGCAAACGGUACAUUCGAUUAUUUACCUACAUUAACAAGCCUAAAUUUAAGUAGUAAUACAUUGUAUAACAUGCCAAAUUUUGAAGGCUUACGAAACUUGACGACUUUGUUGUUGAACGGGAUGAAAUCAAAAAAACUGCUUCAAUAUUUGGAAUCAUUCGCGCACAUGCCUAAGCUUCAAUAUCUUUCAAUGCGCGAUAACAAACUAACGAAAAUUUCAGCAACAUUAUUUAAUAAUUUACCGUCUUUGGAAAAAAUUGACCUAAGCAAUAACCUUAUAACAUCUUUACCAUCGUGGGAUACACAGAAAGCUCUUCGACAGCUUCACUUAAGUUAUAAUAAAAUUCAGAAUUUAGAUGAUCUAUCUAUUAAAGAGGCUAGAUCAUUGGAACUGCUAGUUCUUAAACAUAAUUUGAUUUCGCGGGUGAAAGUUGACUCUAUAAAGAAACUCCCUAAUGAUAAUAUAAUUCUAGAUUUGUAAAAUAUCAAUGCAAGCUAAAUUAAGUGUGACAUUUUUUUUCUAAAUCAUCGCUCAACUAAUUUCAAACUUAUUUGUUAUUAACAAAAUUAAUUUAUUAUUAACAAAAUUUACAUUUGCACACGAAUUUGUAUAAUAAUAAAUUGUAUUUUCAACUUUUAUAAAGCUACCGCUAGGAGAAAACAUUGGGUUUGUCUUGCGAAUUAUAAACUCCAGUAAAUAUACAUUUGUAAUAGUUAUACAAACGUUUUUUUUUAUUUUAUUUUAUAUGAGAUUGUAAUAUCCUCUCGAUUACUUUUUUGAUUUGAAGAGAAACAAUAACUCUCAUUUUAAGAAUAGAUAUUCUAUAUUAAGCUAUCUCUCGGGAAGCUGAUAAUUACAAGUGUAGGUAUUCACUUGUCAGCGUAUUGCGUUUAUAAAGGGGGAUCAGAAUGGAAGAAAGGAACUUUUGGACUUGCAAAACAAUAUGAUAACGAGUUUUAAACUAAGCGCCUUUAAACAGUUGAAAGAUCAUCUCGUUUUCAAAAUGUAAUAUUAUUUGAAUACAAUGUUGUUAUAUUAACGCGGUGUAGGUAAUUUGUAUGUAUAAAUAUGUAUAAACUGGCUUCGCACGUAUGUAUACGAUAAAAUUGUGAAUAUAAUGUUCAUGAAAUCACGAAAUAAAUCAAUAAAAAUAAUCUCA